GGACCACUGAGAAAAUUCUCACACUAGCUCUGAAUCUAACGGAUAAAAAGAAUGAAGUUCACCAUAAUCACAUUUUGCCUGAUCGGAGCAGUUUUUGCCAACCCAAUUUCAUUCAAUGCAGUUUUGGAAUCAAGUGAGCUUGACCCAAACUCGACUGAAAGUGUGUCUGUCUCACAAUCAUCUGAAAAUGACACUUCAGAGCUUCAGAGCUCUGAAGAAAAUACAUCAAGUCAAAGUCAGAGUUCAGAGUCAGAAUCAGAGUCGUUAGAAUCCACAUCAGAGGACAAGACUUCAGAGGAGGGUAACAGUCAAUCAGAUGAGGAGACAGACUCUAUGGCUGAAACCAGAGAUAAUAGCAUGGGCAGUGAGGAGAAUGUUCGAAAGAGUUGGGUUCGAGUGUUUUCAAGUGUCAUCAAAGUCCUGAGCGCAGAGGACAACAGCAGCACAGAGGUUAAGGGUCAGUCGCACCACUUGACUGAGAAACAGGCCAAUCGUACCUCCACCAGCGCCACUUUCAGACAGAGGACCAACACCGCUAAGGGUCACACAAACCUACCACUGGUGGAGAAUCCCAGCGACAGCAGUGACACCACCAGUGACAGCGCAGACAGCAGUGACGUUACUGGUAUAACAGCUGUCACCACUUCCAGCAGUGAGAGCACCAGCAGUGAAAGCAAUGAGACCAGUGAGGACAGUGACAGCAGCGACGCCAGCAAGAGCUCAGAGGAGAGUAAUGCCACUGACAGCUCCGAGCUUCAACAAAUCAAAACCCAGGACUGUGUGAAUGGAACGCAGAGCUGUGAAAGUGAGGAGCACUUCUUCCAGGAUAUAGGCGACGAUGCUCAUUACUCAGUGGACAAUCUUAUGAUGCCAGAUGAGGCUGAAAGGGAGUUAAGUCUACGGAGAUGA